CUGCAUGCAUGUUUGAUGAUGGAAUUAAUUAAAGUGGGCGUGUCCCGUUUUGAUGGGCGGGUUUGGUUGCUGACUCAGCAUUUCAUUUCAGUGAUUUCACACAAAAUGGCUAAGUUGAAGGACGUUAGUAAAGAGACUCUGAAGAAGGCUUCUCGUUAUAUGGACGAGUUACAUGACGGGGAAGAUGAAGUAUGGAGGUUGUUUAUUGGCGCUAUGAGUCAAAAGAUAUACACUGAGGCCCAGAUUGAGACUUUUGCUGAAGAGAAUUUAAAGCCUCGAGGGAGUCCAUCCUCAGCACUGGUAGCAGACCUGAGCCGUAGAAACAUGACACUGGACGAGUUUCUGAGAAUAAGCAAAAAGAUAAAAUGUAAAAAAAUAGUCAACCUCUUCCUCCAGACAACUGUACCAGUCAUAACACAGCAACCUCAGAAAACACUCUCUGUAACGAAAGGAAAGGACCUCUUCCUCUCAUGUAUUGCCGAAUGCAAGCCUCCUUCUCCAGACUAUCAGUGGUACUUCAAUGACAACCCACUGCUGAACGAGACCUCACCAACUCUCAGUAUCAGUAACUGUAACGCCUCACAUACUGGUUUCUACCAUUGUGUUGUCAGUAAUCCAUGCAUUGAUGAUUAUAACCAGUCCCGUGUACCAUCAGGUCGUUGUAGAGUUGAAAUACUUAAUGUCCCUAUUCAAGAGAAUGUUGCCCCUCAAUUUCCGGACGAUGUGAGUCAACUCAGUCAAGUAACUAACAGAGACAUAAGAAGUAGCAGUGUUUGUAGCAUAACAUCAAGAAGUGCCAUCCCAAGUCAGGAAGAUGUUGAGAUUACUACCCAUCCAAGUGACACUACUUGUCGUUAUUAUGAAGAAUUUGAGCUGAAAUGUUCUGCUAAGAGCAAAUCAGGAAAGAACAUUACCUUCCAGUGGCUAUCAAGACGUACACAAAUACAAGAAGAUCACUUGAGUACCAGUCAAGGUACAUCUGUUCUAAAGAAGAAGUCAAAGGAAGAGCACAUUAUGGAUAUUCAGUGUCGUGUCUCAUCCAAUGGAACUGAUUGGGUGACCUCUAACAGAGCAAAAGUUGUGAUCCAUUUUGUGUGGUUUGUGGAGCAGCCUCGUGACUUUCAUGGAUAUAAUGGAAGAGAGGGAACACUCGAGUGUAAAGCAGCUGGUAUGGAGCCUAUAGAGUACCUCUGGCUUAAGAAUGAGAACGGGAAGAACACAAGGUUGUCAGAAAAACCUGGCAUCUGCAUUAAGAAGGAAGAGGGGUUUCUCUUUUUUGACUCGCUAGAUGCGGAGCACUGGGGCUACUAUAAAUGUCAGGCUCAGAAUGAUGUUCACUUUGCAUCCUCUGAAACUGUCAAGGUCUCUUGUGAGCCAUACAGAGAGAAAGGAUACAUUGCUGUGCAGCCUUCUUCACAUGUUUGUUUGAUGGAGUCUUCUAUCACUUUGUACUGUGAAGCAGUUUCACCACAACCAGUCACCUACCAAUGGUAUCUGAACAAUAACAUAAUAGCGAAUGAGAAUCAAGAUGCACUGGUAUUGGCUCCGAUCAAUAAACGUCAUUUUGGUACAUAUCACUGCAUUGUUAAAAGUGACCAGGAUUCCAUUCAAUCAGAAUUGGCAAUAGUAUCAGAAGGAGUUCCUUUUAAUGAUACAAAGUCUUGGACAAAAAUACAAGCUGAACAAGAUGAAGCCGAACGUACAUUUCAAACUGCUGAUAAAAUAUUUUAUGCUAGAGAAAAGGUUGCCCUAUUGAUUGGUAAUGAGAAGUACUCCUAUGUACGACAGCUCAAUAGUCCCCACUCCGACGUUGAUGAGUUAUCUAAAACGCUUACCAGUCUCAAUUUCAAAGUCUUCUCCUUCACCGAUCUCAAAUUUAAGGAGAUUAUGCACGUCCUUGACGUCUUUGUGAGGCUCCUUGACUCCGGAGUCUAUUGCCUGUUCUAUUACUCUGGUCACGGGUUCAGGCUCCAGAAUGUUGAUUACAUAAUGCCCAUAGAUGUAUCCAGUGGCCUUAACUAUGACGAUUGCAUACCUGUCAAUCAGAUCUCUUAUCGUCUGCAACAGACAAAAUGUAAAGUCAUCAUGCUUUUGGAUUGCUGUCGGGAAAAGUUCGUUGAAACUGAUUCAACAACACCUUUGAAACCUUCGGCAGAUAAGAGCUGUCCUUUCCAUAAUAUCUGCACCAUAUGGUCAUGUUCAGAUAGUCAACCAGCUUACGAGAGGAAGAGUGAGGAUUGCUCUGUUUUCAAUCGAGCCUUAAGGAAAGCACUGACUGAAAAGAAAAAAGUUAACGACUUCUCUGGAGAAAUAAAAAAAUAUAUGGAGGAGCAUGCUCAUGCUAAAAGUGGUAAACCGUUUCAGCGUCCGUCCACUCUCAUUAAUUUUUCUCCUUCUGAAAUAACCCUCCACGAAAACAUCAUGUUUGAUUGGAAGACAUCAAAUGCCACCAUGCGUAUCAGAGAAUGGCAUAAGAGAAUACACAAUAUUGCUCCAGUUACUAUUGGUGAAGAAGAACUGCCAGGCAUACAGUCUGGUGAAGUCAGAUUUGAGUUUAUAAGGACCAAUGUCCUUAAAGUUACUGUCAAACUAACGAAAAGGCAUAGUUUCCCAGGGGAGGCUACUUAUAAUGUAACGCUGACUGAGAGCUGCCAAGGUUUAGCUUUGGAGACUGUUUCUAGUGAGAACCUGACAAGAACUCGUUUGAAAAUCGAGUCGAUCAUCACGUCCUGGCAAAAUUUGCAAGAAACCCCAGUGAGAAUAAUUUCAAUUAAUUUUUUAUCGUCAGCUGGAACAUCAAGUGGAAUGCAGCUAAGCUAUUGUCCAGUCAUUAACGCCGAGACAUAUUGGUCAUUCAGUAACAAUUAAUAAUAACAAGAGUAUACUAAAUAAUGACAAUAAUAACAUACUGUUUUAAAUUUUUUUUGUAAAAUAAAAUGCUGCAAUGAGUGGUUCAAAUCA